AUGGAAUAUGAAACUGGAAUUAAUCCACGAUUUGCAAUGACCACACCGCAAAGUAAGAAAAUUCAUUCCACAUGCGCGCCAUAUCGACCUUAUUGUGGUCAGUGUGCCUACACAAUAAAAAUUGACCAGAAGAGGUUUUACUUACCAAACCCACGACCACAUCAUUUAUACAUUAUUGGUUUAUUUGAUUUUCAUGGAGGUCGUACUUGCCAGUCUUAUAGAAAUUCAGAUAUAUCACUUCCGCUCGCUUUUUUAUAUACGUUGGCGACCUUCUCUCAACGCUAUCCACAAAUAAGCCUUCUUCGAAACUUAGACAUAGGUACCGUAUUGGUCGAUUCAUGUUCAUCGAGACGGAAAGCUAUUGAAACAGUGAUACUUGCAGAAAAUCAUUGCUUUACCAUCGAACAAGGUGGCCAAAAUAUCACAGUAGUUCCAAGAUCUGUUUUUGGAUAUGCAUCUGCUUUAAGUGGUCGCGUGGGUGAAACACUGAAAGGACUGUUUGUAUCUGGCGAUAAUUUGUUGGUAUCAUUAGAUGCAGAUCAUGAUACCGCAUUAGAUACAAUCUCCGCCGUCCCAUCAAAAAAGAAAGAAAUCUUGGCGCUUCUCAAAUUGCUCAAAAGGUUUUCUUGGGAGUACAUUUCCAUCGUUGUUUCUGAUCAAGAUGAUUCAUCACUCGACACUUGUCGACAGUUUGAAAAACUAGCUGCAGAAAAUGGCGUUUGCAUAGCUGAAGUUAAAGCAGUACAUGGAGAAGAAGUGGAUCCAACAACAACAGCUAAUGUUACUAUACUUUUCACAAGUGCUUCCGAUGCAGCUACAUAUUUUACCGCUAAACUCCGUACAGAAUCCCUUUAUCCACAUAUUCAUAUUGUCAGUGGCGAUGCUCACGACUUCUAUCUAUAUGAUCCAUCUAAUGUUGCCAGAUUUGUAGGUACCCUAUCUUUGCAACCUAAGGAUGUAAUGUAUGAUGAAUUUCGUGCUUGGCUAGGAAGUAUUACACCACUUAGCCUACCAGAAAAAUGGUACUGGGAAUACAUUGAAAAUCGAUGGCAAUGCGCUUUAUCCGAAGCAAAUCGAAACUUUUAUGAAGGCAAAAUAUGUGUUGGUGAUGAGUUAUUAGAUCUACCAAGUCUAGGAAGAAUGACGAAAAGCGGAUAUUUUGUACGUGGCUUGGAACGCUUCCUAUUUGCGCUGGAUGCUGUCUACAAGCGACUGUGCCCGGAACAAACUGGUGUUUGUGACGAAUUCUACAUGAAAGGACGCAAACAAAUUUCGAAAAUUCUUAAAAAAGCUCAGAUUGCGCACGAUUUUGUUAUCUACGAAUUUGUGCCAGAUGAACAAGGUUCACAUAUUUAUCGAAGUAUUGGGAAUUAUUCGGACAAAAGUGGAUUCAAGUUUUCAGAACAAUAUAAAUAUUUCGGUAUUCAUGGCCAUGUAUCAGAUGAAACAUCACAACCGAAAAUUAUUUCACGAUGCAUUUCGCCAUUGUGCAAAUGUUUCUUACACGUAAAUUCGUUGAAAAUGCAAUCUUCAGUGGCUGAUGAAUUUGGUGCACCUGCCGGUUCGUAUAUUCGUCGCGUACCCACAAAUGAUGCUUUCCAACGGCGUCAAUUUCCAUCGAUUUUGGAUCGAUUAACAACAGGACAAUGGCGCCUGCAAACAUGGAAUUAUGCAUUAGCAACAAUAAUAACUGUAAUGUUGAUCGGAGCACUGGGAGUGCUAUGUCUAGCAAUAAUCAAAUUGUACUUUCGAGUUAUCAAAGGAAAUCAGUCUUUGGGAUUAUCAUUGCUUAUGGGCGUUAUUGUUCUUUAUAUUACUGGAUAUGUUUUCGUUUUUGAAUCAACUGAUACUAUUUGUCGACUUCGAAUUGUAUUGCAUCCAUUAGGUUAUUCAUUUUGUUUUGGAGUAAUGAUUGCUAAAGCAACACAAUUAAAAAAUGCUGAAUCACUUGGAUUUUCUGAUGCUGUACACAUUAGCUAUUGGAACUAUUGGCUUUUAUUGCUAUUCAUAAUGGGUGUUCAAAUUGCGCUUUCUUCAAAGUGGCUAACAGAAGAAUUUGCAUCAGUGAUAGUAUUAGAUAAUGGACAACCACGCUUAGUUUGUAAAUAUGGUAAUGACGAAUUCUUGUUAUCACAGGCUUAUGUUAUUAUACUUCUACUCUUGGCGCUUUGUCUUAAUAGCACCAAUAAAAACAUCAAGCGCAAUCACAAAGAAACAAAAUGGCUCUUCAUAUCAUCACUAAGUUGUACUAUUUUGUGGGUUAUUUGGAUGAUGGUUUAUUUUUUGAUUCCAUCACCAUAUAAGGAUACGGUUGUUGUUCUCGAGCUACUUUUAUGCGCAUCCGUUUUGCUUGGAUUUAUUUUCGGUCCAAAAAUUUAUAUAAUGUUGUCAUACGAGCCAGUAGUUGUCGAGGUGCGUCCGCAAAAUAUGAUCAAAGAUUCUGUCUUCGAUAACGAUUUAUUUGAAAAAGAAGAAAACUCGAAACGGACUUCCUUGUCAUCGAAUAGUUUAGAAUCACGGAAAAGUUAUACUCAUUUAUCCUGUAGUGUGGUAGACUGCAAAAAUUCACCAGCAUGCACGAGAACUGAUUAUAGUGAUGAAGAUCAGAUUCCAAUAUUUCGUACUAUAAUGCGAAAGAAGAAUCGUUUGGGACGUUCGCAUUCUGAAGACAGACGAAGAAGCUUCGGUCGAAUAAUUCAACAGACAGUGACACCCAAAAUUCUUUUCAGUAAUGAAAAAAAAGGAAAUGAAGUUGAUCAGCAUAGAGCUGUAUCGGAUUCGACAGACAAUCACUAA